CAAAAAUUAUUAUAGAUUUGGACUGGCUUGCAAUUCCGAUAAUAAUAGUUAUCAGUUGAACUUGAAAAUAGCUAUACAAUACAAAUAACAUCCAAUUUAGGUUUGUUGGGUUAAAUAAAGAUCAAUUGUGAUAUAACAAUGGUGAAUGAAUGCAGCUAAAGAACUGUUCAUCCCAUGGUAAUGGUCCAGAAGCUUACCUUCUUGCUAACUAGUUCUCGAACUAUUGACAAACUUAGACAAAUUCACUCACCCAUAAUCACCAAUGGUCUUAGCCAACUUGAGACCCUUUUGGCUCAUCAACUUCUCCUCUUCACAACUCGGUAUUCUUGGAAUAUAGCUCAAUACAUCACCAGAGUCCUUUACCAUUUGCAAAACCCAGAUGCCCGUUUAUGGAGUUUUGCUGUUAGGUUCUUCUCCCAUCAUCGCCAAUUCAACACUGCAUUGUCUCUUUAUGUUCACAUGCUUAGACUUGGUCUCUGUCCAAGCUCUUUUGCCAUUUCCUCUUCUUUGAAGGCUUGCGCCAAGAUUGGACAUAGAUUGGGUGGUUAUUCAAUUCAUUCACAUGUUUACAAGUAUGGGUUUUGUGGCUCUGUUUAUGUGGAGACUGCUGUUCUUGAUUUUUACUCAAAAUUGGGUGAUAUGGAGUGUGCACGAAAGGUGUUCGAUGAAAUGCCGGAACGGAAUGUGGUUUCGUGGAAUGCUAUCUUAUCUGGGUAUUUGAAGUUUGGGAAUUUGGAAGAGGCUCAGAGGGUGUUUGUUGACAUUCCUAAUAAGGAUGUUGUUUCCUGGAAUUCGAUGAUAUCAGGUUAUGCAAGAAUAGGAGAUAUGGAUAAGGCCAUUUCUUUGUUUAAACAGAUGCCUGAGAGAAAUUUGGCUUCUUGGAAUGCUGUGUUAAGUGGUUUUGUGAGUUGUGGGAGCAUGGAGUUAGCACGAAGCAAUUUUGACGCAAUGCCUGUAAGAAAUAAGGUUUCUUGGAUUACCAUGAUUUCUGGGUAUUCGAAACGUGGAGACGUUGUCUCUGCUCGUCUACUCUUUGAUCAGAUGAACAGCAAAGAGCUUCUUGGGUAUAAUGCUAUGAUAGCAUGCUAUGAACAAAACAACCAACCAAAGGAGGCCCUCGAGCUGUUUAAUCAUAUGAUUAAAAUUGAUAUCAACAUUCAGCCAGAUGAGAUGACUUUGACUAGUGUUAUAUCUGCUUGUUCACAGCUUGGGUAUCUGGAAUUUGGGCUAUGGAUUGAGUCAUACAUGAAGAAACAUGGAAUUCAAUUGGAUGAUCAUUUGGCCAAUUCUUUUAUCGACUUGUAUGCUAAGUGUGGAAACAUUGAUAAAGCAUAUGAGCUAUUUCGUGGUUUAAGAAAGAAAGAUUUGGUUGCUUAUUCUGCAAUGAUCUCAGGUUGUGCUGUAAAUGGUAAGGCAAUCGAUGCAAUUGAGUUGUUUGAAGAGAUGAAAAACGAGCGUAUUUGGCCCAAUUUAGUCACAUACAAGGGCCUCCUAUCUGCUUAUAACCAUGCUGGCUUGGUUGAAGAAGGCUACAAGUGUUUCAACUCCAUGAAGGACCUAGGGCUAUUACCUUCGGUCGAUCAUUAUGGGAUCAUGGUUGAUCUUUUAGGCAGGGGAGGACUAUUGGAAGAAGCUCAUGAGUUGAUAAAGACUAUGCCAAUGCAGCCUCAUGCUGGGGUUUGGGGAGCAUUGCUUCUCGCGUGCAGAAUACACAACAAUGUUGAGCUUGGGGAGAUUGCAGCUAGGAAUUGCUUCAAGUUACAGCCUGAGAAGACAGGCUAUUCUUCUCUCCUUGCCAACAUCUAUGCCUCGGCUGAGAGGUGGGAUGAUGCUGGGAGAUUGAGAAAUGUUGUUGACAUCAAGAUUCCUGGGUGCAGCUGGGUGGAAUCAUGUUGAAUUUUUUUUUAGAGUUGGAAGAUCAGGCUUGGACCAAGAGAAGACAGUAAAAUAGCUCCAAUUGAUAUGGCUUGAUUGAAGACUUGGAAUCAUGGUGGCCAGUUUCACUCCCAUAACGAGCGGCCAGGAGUUGCUGUGAAUAUAGUUACAUUCCAAAUUAAGAGAUUCUAUAAUGGUUGCUGCAUUGGAACACAAGAAGAAGCGGUCUAUUCUAUUGAGGCUAGGGGUCGUAGAAGUUAGUUAGGGUGUCAAUAUGGUGUGUACGGCUGCAUGGGCUUGUAUAUUGCUGACAAGAUUUUGUUUAAAGUCUAGGGAAAGGGAAUUAUAUUUUUGAGAGCUCAAGUUAAUGGUGUGUACUAUCCUUACUGUAAGGAGGUGAUGCAGUUAUGUUUCCCUUAGUAGUACCAGGAAGGAUAGUUUUUGUUUUUUGGUUAUAUUAUCCAGCAUGAUGUGUAUCCAUAAUUAUUUUUAAAAAAAAUCUUAUCAAAACAAAAAUUAUUAUUGAACAAAAAAUAUUGUUGAUAUGGCAAGCUAAAUU